CGGACUCCCAAUACAUAGAACAGAACAGGAGGCGGUGACAGAGCGGGUGGGAGCCGCGCUGUGAUCUUCCUGGGAGGACACAUACAUUUCAUUUGCGCACAUGCCAUUCCAGAUUCCACUCUUCAUCUGAAUCCCAGUACUCCGGUCCGCAUAGAAUCUCGAUCGCCGUUUCUCGUGAAUGCUCACCCCCCCCCCCCCCACCAAAUCCAAAAUCAACCGUCCUCCCCCCUCUGUUACCACCGCCAUUCACGCCUUUCGAUGUGCUCUGCUCUCGACACAUAGUGAUCCACCACAUUUGUCGACUACCCAUUUUCCUAAUCUGAGCCACUUCGCGUUUCACUAGGGUUUUACAGAAUUUCGAUCUCUUUUCGGGUUCUUGGCGCCUUCCCUUGCGUUUUGGGGGGAGUUUCUUGAUCUGGGUAUUUCUUGUUUGUUAGUUUAAGCUCAGGUAUUAUUUGGGUCACCUCAGUUUCUCCAAUUUUCUGAUUGUGUUGAGGCAUUUGGGUUGCCUUAAAAAUUUAGCCUGAGAUUUUUGUUUCUUCUGGGCAAAGUAGUUUUGCUUUUCUUCAUCUUAUCGGCGGGUGUUUGAUCUUCUAAAUUCCGAUUCCGGAGCUACGGGCUCUUUUGCGCAAGUAGAAUCUCAGGUGAAUCAUCUGAGUUUUCAAGCUCACAAAUGGAUAUUUUCUGUGCGACUAUGAAUACCAAUGGGCACCCACUGCAAGCUAGCAAAGGGCGUAUCAGCAAUGGAGGUGGCGGAUUUGGGUUUUGGGGGGAGAGAAUCAGGGGAAGUCUGAAAAGGAGAGAUUCGGCUGCUCAGUUGUGGAAGACUCUGAGAACUGAGACGGCGAAGGCCAGAAAGAUUAACACUGGUGCCGCCUUCUCUGUUCUUACCUCAGAUGUGGACCAAGAAGCUCUGACAUUUCAGUCUCCCAUAUUUGAGAGUCCGAAAGCGGACCCAACACAUGUAGCUUCGAUCAUAUUGGGUGGAGGUGCUGGAACUCGCCUUUUCCCUCUUACCAGCAGAAGAGCCAAGCCCGCUGUUCCAAUAGGAGGGUGCUACAGGCUUAUUGAUGUUCCAAUGAGUAAUUGCAUCAACAGCGGGAUAAGGAAGAUAUUUGUUUUGACACAGUUUAAUUCAUUUUCCCUCAAUCGUCACCUUGCUCGUACAUAUAAUUUUGGGAACGGUGUGAAUUUUGGUGAUGGCUUUGUGGAGGUUCUGGCUGCUACCCAAACACCAGGAGAAGCAGGGAAAAAGUGGUUCCAAGGAACAGCAGAUGCUGUGAGACAAUUUAUAUGGGUAUUUGAGGAUGCCAAGACUAAGAAUGUUGAGCACAUAUUGAUUUUGUCUGGUGAUCAUCUUUACCGUAUGGACUACAUGGAUUUUGUUCAGAAGCAUAUUGAUUCGAAUGCUGAUAUUACAGUUUCAUGUGUACCCAUGGAUGACAGCCAUGCAUCAGAUUAUGGAUUAAUGAAGAUUGAUAGCAUGGGACGUAUCAUCCAAUUUGCUGAAAAACCGAAGGGACCUAAUCUUAAAGCUAUGCAAGUUGAUACCACUAUCCUAGGGUUAUCUGAGCCAGAUGCCUUGAAAUACCCUUACAUUGCAUCAAUGGGUGUAUAUGUAUUCAGAACUGAUGUUUUGUUGGAUCUUCUGAAGUGGAGAUACCCGUCAUGCAAUGACUUUGGCUCUGAAAUUAUUCCUUUUGCUGUGAUGGACCGCAAUGUACAAGCAUAUCUGUUCAAUGAUUACUGGGAGGACAUUGGAACAAUAAAGUCCUUUUUUGACGCAAACUUGGCACUGACAGAGCAGCCUCCGAAGUUUGAAUUUUAUGACCCAAAGACACCUUUCUUCACGUCUCCUAGAUACUUGCCGCCUACUAAAGUUGACAAAUGCAAGGUAGUGGAUUCUAUUAUUUCACAUGGUUGCUUUUUGCGGGAAUGUAGCAUCCAACACUCUGUAGUUGGUGUUCGAUCACGCUUAGAGUAUGGCGUUGAGCUUAAGGAUACAAUGAUGAUGGGUGCAGACUACUAUCAAACUGAAUCUGAAAUUGCAUCUCUGCUAGCAGAGGGAAAGGUUCCAAUUGGUGUUGGACAGCAUACCAAAAUCAGGAAUUGCAUAAUUGACAAGAAUGCAAAAAUUGGGAAAGAAGUGGUCAUCGCAAACAAAGAUGGUGUUCAAGAAGCUGACAGACCAAGGGAAGGAUUUUACAUUAGGUCAGGCAUCACGGUAAUCCUGAAGAAUGCAACAAUAAAAGAUGGAACCGUCAUAUGAAAUUUGGGCACAUAUCACGUUUAGUCGGUGACAGAGGAGGUUGAAGGAGCCAACAGUCUGCAAUCAUAAGCCAUUCACAAUGGUAGCAGAAUUGCUCCUUUAUGUAAAUGAUGACCUUUUUUCAAGUUUGAAAUAAAAAAUUUCCUCUUAUUGCUUUUUA